UAUAAAGUGUCAUUACAUUGUUUCUGAUUAAUUUAUUUAAGAGUUAAUCUGAAUUUAUCACAUUAUCUUACAUAUAGUAUAAAUGCAAUAUGAAGAGGAAGAGCAACUGGAAUUGGAGCUACCCAAAGAAAGACCCUGGCGGGCUUUAAUUUCUUUUUGGAUUUUCGGAUUGUGUAACAAUUACGGAUACGUAGUUAUGUUAACAGCUGCUGCUGAUAUAAUAUGCACAAGUGGGGGAAAAAGGAGUAAAGAAAGAGAAUGUACUUAUGUAUCAACAGGUACAAUAUUACUGGCCGAUAUUAUCCCAGCAAUUUUAGCUAAAUUAAUAGCACCUUUUAUUCCUUUUUGUGUGAAAAUAAGAAUUGCCAUUUGUGUGUUGUUAUCAGCAUCUGGAUUUCUUUUCGUGGGUUGCGGCAGAAAUUUCACAUUGUCAUUAAUUGGAGUUACUGCAACAUCUUUUUCUUCGGGACUCGGGGAAGUUACAUUUCUCCAAUAUAGUUCAUAUUAUGACAGCAAUGUACUUUCUACAUGGAGUUCAGGCACUGGAGGUGCAGGUGUAAUUGGUGCUCUUUCCUACGCUCUUUUACAAAAGAUAGGAUUUACAAUUACGAUGAUGAUAUUGCUGUUAAUUCCAACAAUAAUGGCUUUGACCUUUUUUUUGCUUUUGCCAAAUCCGCAAAUAACUGAAAUUACAGUCAUUCAACAAGUUGUUAAUGCUCAAGAGCUCGAAAAUCCAAAGGAAGUGAUUAUUAAGAAAAUCAAACAUAUACCUUCUCUCUGCAAAUAUAUGAUACCUUUUGGUUUGGUUUACUUUUUGGAAUAUUUUAUAAAUCAAGGAACUUUCGAGUUAAUUAAUUUUAAAAAUACGCGUUUAAGUGCAGAUGAUCAGUACAGAUGGCUUCAAGUUGUUUAUCAAGUCGGAGUUUUUAUUUCUCGAUCUUCAGCGAAUUUAUUUUAUAUAAAACAAAUUUGGAUAAUGUCGGUGUUACAAGCUGUUAAUGUAGCUAUUUUUACAACUGAAGUGAUUUAUUAUUAUAUGCCAAACUUCUGGAUUAUGGUCGCUUUAACUCUAUGGGAAGGUCUUUUAGGUGGUGCCGCUUAUGUUAAUACAUAUUAUCGAAUUUGUAAUGAGGUAGAAGAAGAAAUCAAGCAAUUUUCAAUGGCAAUUACGAGUUUUUCUGAUAGUAUUGGAAUAUCUCUGGCUGGAAUUGUAGCAGUGUAUGCACAUAAUGCAAUAUGCGACCUCCCAAUGCCAAAACAACGUUAUUAA